AUGGCAAGAAGUCCAACUCGUUCGCCUCCAAACAUCCCCUUUGAUGAUAUUUCCCUGAGUUCGCUAGCCCGUACUGGGUCAAGCCACAUCAUCCACCGCGCUUCGAUACCUCCACCGACGGGGAGGGACAUCGAGUUCCAGCACGAUGUGCGAGAUCCGCUGAAUCUCUCGUCGCGCCUCAAGGAUGAUGCCGAGAUCAAAGCGAACAGCUCGCGUCGGCGUAAGCCGCUCUGGAGCAACCAAGAUGAGGUCCAGAAAUUUUACAGGCUUCAGAACGAAAGCAUCCGCUCCAUGCUGAAAUCGGUCGAUGAGCACGAGCAGGAGGUCAAGGAUGAGCACGGAAAGAAUAACUUCAUGUACUCCAUCUGCGUCAAGGGCUCUCUCCUCGCCAACAUCAUCCUCUCAGGUCUGCAGUUGUACGCCGCCAUCUCGUCGGGAUCCCUCUCACUCUUCACCACCAUGGCUGACUCGGUUUUCGACCCCCUCUCCGGACUGAUGCUAUAUAUGUCUCACCGAGCCGUUGACAAGGUCGAUGAACGCAAGUAUCCAUCCGGCCGCGCUCGCAUCUCCACGGCGGGCAACAUCGUCUUCUCCUUCAUCAUGUUCUCCGUCUCGCUUGUGCUCAUCGUCAUGUCGGCACGUGACCUCGCCUCGGGAUCCGACAGUGAGACGAAGAAUUUCCACCUGCCCUCCGUCAUCGCCGUCGCCAUCGCGUUCGGCACGAAGCUUUUUCUCUUUUUCCUCUGCUGGACCGUCAAGGACAUAUACUCCCAGGUCGACAUCCUCUGGCGCGACCACCGGAACGACCUGUCCAUCAACGGGUUCGGUAUUCUGACCUCUGUGGGAGGCAGCAAGCUCAAGUGGUGGAUCGACCCUAUGGGCGCCAUUCUCCUGUCGGUCUUGAUCGGCGGACUUUGGUUGCAUACGGCGUGGGACGAGUUUCAGUUGUUGAUUGGCGUGACGGCCGACAAGGAGACUCUUCAGCUCAUUACUUAUAUUUCUAUGACCCAUUCGCCUCUGGUCGAGCGUAUCGACACCGUCCGUGCCUACCACAGCGGUCCUCGUCUCGUCAUUGAAGUCGACAUUGUCAUCGACCGAAACGAGAGGCUUGAAGUCGUGCAUGACGUCGCAGAAGAUCUCCAGAUCAAAUUGGAGAGGCUUCCCUGCGUCGAGCGGGCCUACGUUCACAUCGACUAUGAGACAAGCCAUAAGCCGGAACACGAUCUCAAGAAGCUAUUGUAG